CCUUCUUUCUCUUUUUCCUUUUUUUUUUCCCCUUCAUGUUGAUUCCAUUCAUUACCGUCUUUUUGCUUCUUAUUCACUAUAUCUUGGCUGACAGCCCUAGUGUACUUGCCAUCAAUGCGCCUCAACCAAAUCAACAACUCACGAGUAAAACACAUUUCAAUCUGACUUAUACCAUUGUUGGUUCACAAACAACCAAUCCACCCUUCAGUGCUUACUAUUUUAAUUCACUCGCGGCUGAAUUUAUUUGGAAAGAUCGCUCAGGGGGACAGUCUCAAUCACUAAAGAUCUCCUCUUCACUUGAUUGUGCACCUUACCCUGCCGGUCUUCAAAACAAAGUGUACAACCAACAAUUUAAUGUUCCUAAUUGCCACUUCUUUUCUCGUUAUCCACCUUCUCAAUAUGAUUUCUCCAUUCUCUUCACACCUUAUUACGCUCCUCCCACCAACUCAUCACCUGCCACUGGCCCCGAACAGCCUCCUGUGUCCGUGCCUGUGACCAUUCAUGUCAACAAUGAUACUUUUCCAAAAUGUUAAAUGUUUAUAAUAAAUUCUAUUACACAUGGUAUCGUCUCAUCUUUUCAUCUUUUUCUUCAUUUCCUCCUUCAUUUUCACCCACAACAAUCCAUUCGACAUCACCCGAAAGUAAGGCGUCACUGUAAUCAGAAGGGAAAUGGUCGUUGAUAAAGAAUGGUAACAAGAGACGGAAUAAGAUGCGUACAGAUGUUUCUUGCUUUAAUCGACCGAUCACGUGUCGAUUGAGUAUACCAGACAGAUGGAGGUAGGAUAUAGGACGGACAGGUACGGGUUGAUUCGUCUUGGGAUCCGGUGGGUAAAUGGUAAUUUUGUAGGCUGCAUCAAUAAAUACAAGUGUGCCUGGAGGAGGACUAUACCAAUAGGGAAUACGAGGCACGACAU